UAAACUCCAACCUAAGUUUGGAGCAGACGGCGGGGGAGCCAAAAUUUAUCGAUGAGCAACACUCGUCACCAACCUCGACAACGGACGUUCCAGCCUGGAUCCUCAAUCCUAAUUUCGGCAGCGUCCUGUCAAUUUUCUUCAUGUAGUCAUUGUUCAAGUCGAUCAUCUGGCGACUCGCCUACGGAGCACCGCGCGCAACCCUACCGUCCUUAAGACCUCCACCAAUCGCCCGGGCCUCAUUCGUUUCGUCAGAGUCACUACAUCUUCGCGCCCGCAAACGUCGUCUCCCUCUUCGAGCCACCCCCACACUCUCUGUCUCUCUCUGCGCAAGUAGCAGCAGCAGCAAGCGCGGCACCUUUGCGCUCCCCCCGCGCCCGCGAUGCCGACGCCAGUCUCGGCGGCGGGCACGCCCGGCGGCGGCGGCGGCGGCGAUGCCGAGUCGGCGAAGCUGGCCGUGUGGAAGGAGGCGCUAUACGACCGCUGCAGGGAGUCCGGGACAGACCUCUUCUCGCAGGACGACCUGCUCCGGCUCGAUGUCAUUCCCAACCGCGACCUGAUGCUGCUCGCGCGCGUGGUGCAGUCGCUCAGCGAUGACAAGCUCUUCAUCACCAUGCGCGAGGCCUCGGGCCAGGUGCUGUGGAAGUGGCGCGAUGCGCAAGAGGCGCACAAGUACGUCCUGGCUACAUUCUCUCCUUUUUCUCCUCUUUCUCUUCUUUUAGUGGAGGCGGGGGGGGGGCGAAACCAUUCGCUGUUGGUGAUCGUAGGCAACACCACAGUUGAGCUAAUAGGCGGCUUUUGCGUCCCACAGGUACAAGCAAUGCUCGACGGACGAACAGGUCAUGGUGUACUCGCUCAUCGACGACUCGGGCGGCGACGGCAUCUGGUCGCAGACGCUGCAGAAGCGGCUCAACAUGCACGACUCGGUGCUCAAGAAUGCGCUCAAGCAGCUGCAGGCCAAGGGCCUCAUCGCGCCCUUCAAGAACGUCGAGCACCCCAACAAGAAGAUGUUCAUCAAGGCCUCCAUCCGGCCCUCGGACCGCGCUACGGGCGGGCCCUGGUACACGGACCAGAACCUCGACGAGGCCUUCAUCGAGGAGCUGCAGCGCGUCGUCUUUGACUUUGUGAAGCGCCAGAGCGGCUACCUGAGCACUCACCACCACCACGGCUCUUCUGCUUCUUCUGCCUCCGCCGCCGCCGCCGGUGCCGGUGCCCGGACACAGGUCCCGAAAAAGGGCGUCCUGAAAGGCAGUGCCUCCGCCGCCGCCGAACGGGGCAAGAAGCGCAGCGCACAGGAAAUAAGCGGCGGCCCGUCCGGCACCGCGACGGCCGCGACGCCCACGCCCAAGACGCCCCGCGUCUCGUCGAGCAGCAGCCGGCGCGAGCCCGCCCUGCUGCCCCUCCCCGCGGGCUACACGGGCUACCCGACGGUGCGGGACAUUGCCCGCCUCCUCUCCAGCAGCGGCAUCACCAACAACACCAUCCUGUCCGAGGACGACGUCAAGAAGCUCGUCGACGUGCUCGUCUGGGACAACCUCGUCGAGCCCGUCAAGGUCGCCGGCAAGCUAGGCUACCGCGUCGCCCGCGUCGCCAAGCAGUCCACCGAGAGCUGGGCCGGCCGUGAGGACCCCACGGGCCGCGACGGCGGGCCCGAGCCCUACGUCAGCCCCUUCACCGAGGCGCCCUGCGGUCGGUGCCCCGUCUUCGAGCUCUGCGAGGAGGGCGGCCCCGUCAGCGCGAGUAACUGCGAGUAUUUUAAGCGCUGGCUGGGAACGGACUAAAAGGCGGACACGGUUAGGAGAGGGUCUUUCAGGGCUUAAGUCCAAGGACUAUCAUUGACUUGAGGCGAGUAUUGCUGGUGGCGCGCUGUCGGGACAAAACUUGCAUGGUCGGAGUUGGGCGGCAUGGAAUUUACGGAUUUUCAAGGCAUUGGCGUGGAGCUAGACAAGGUACCAGCAUCGCAGUACAUACAGUAUUGCCGUCAUUCGGGGCUUGCCGACAUUGUACUGCUACGAGACACGAUCAAAAUAAUUUGGAACAACAAGUGGCUUCAGAAGUCAACUUUUAUUGCGG